UCUUCCACAUCACAUAAAAAUUUUUGGGUUUUUACACACAUAGAACUCAGUACAUAUCUAUUUAGUUAUAUCAAACUUCAAACCUUUAAUUUAUAUAUUCAGCACCGCACCCAAAUCAUUUUUAUACAAAGGAGUUCACAGCUCCGUCAAAAGACACGAGCAAAUCUCUCAUCCUGUAGGAGCUCUUUCUCAUGUCGUCCGUCUCCAUAGAAAAUAUUAUGUAUGGUGGCCGCACAUGCAGACAACCAAUGUGAUUCGAGCAAUGUACUAUACAAUUGUGUGCUUUUCUCUCAUUGGUUGUUUGCAUGUGCAGUUGUACUUUAAAUUCUUAAUAUUAUUUCUUAAAUUUCCUUCGAUAGGAUAAAAAUCAUGAGAUAUAACACAGUUAAAAUUAUUCCAAUUCGCUAAUAUAGGUUACAUGAUUCUACCAACCCUCGAAUUAUCGGAAACAAUAUUACAUAAGUGGUGGUUAUCCACAUGACUUCAGCUAGGGGAGUGAUGGCAACCUAACUACUAUGAGAGAAUUCGUGACUUUCGUUCCUUCAAUUUCUUCCACUCAUUGAUUCCUUCACAUCUUCAUCUAUUUAUAUAUCACAUUUCUCUUCUUCCCCUUUUAAUGCAUUUUUAGAAGCUGGCUACUGGCAAUGAGUAACAAACUGUUUUGGUGGCCGAUCACUGGCAAUCACGAGCCUCACCUUUUCUUGGCUCCUUGAUGGAAUGAAGGAGUUCAUCCACGGCAGGGUAAACCUCUACCAACCUGAAGGCUUCAGGCCUUUAACUCAUGAGGGUUUGACGGAGAAGGGAACUCCGUUCUCAUAGGUUCUCUUUUUUUGGCAUACCAAAGAUUUGAGUGUUUAAUGACUAAAUUAAACGUUAGGAGUGUGAGAUGUGUAAAUAGGAAUGUUUGAAGCGCUAUGCAUGUAAAAACCCCUUAACAUUAUCACUAUUUUAACUUUUGAAAAGCGAAAAUGCAUAUGUAAGUUGGCAUCCAUGUAAAAAUUGAAGUUUAAGAUGUUAGAUAUGUAAAUCUAUAAGAAUUGAGUGGCAUGCAUGUAUAUAUUCCUUGAAACAAAUACCUUUGGUGUUUGAAAAAUCAGUUUUUUACUGCAAAAGCAAAACAAACAUAAGCCGUCAACUAAUUCACUCAAAAGGAAAAUCAGUUUUUUACUGCAAAACAAACAUAAUUCAUCAUCAAAUUGUUCUUUUAAGUUAAUAAAUCUGGUUGUAAAUAAUUAAUUUUCACCACAAAAAUCUAUAAAAAGCAGCAAGAGAAAGGCUGUAAUAUAAAAUUAUGGUAGCUACUCUAAAAGAAACAUACAACUGCCUUUAGCUUCCAUAUGAGCAGACAGCCCAAGGUAUUGGAUUGACAUUGUAAUCAAUAUUUCACUUUAGCUUUGCAGAAAUAGCCCCGUAGAAUAAUGGCUUUGCGAGCUCAAGCUAUCUCCAAAGCGAUGCUCUUAUCUGCAAGGAGACUAUUUGCUCGGCAUUCUUCUAAUAAAUUGUUUGUUGGAGGUCUUUCAUAUGACACUAAUGAAACUGUUCUAAGAGAUGCUUUCAGUGCUCAUGGUGUAGUUACACAAGUUAAAGUAAUAUGUGACAGGAGAAGUGGAAAAUCUGAAGGUUUUGGAUUUGUGCAGUUCUCUCAAGAAAUUGAAGCUGCCACAGCUCUGCAAAAGAUGGAUAAACAGUUGCUUGAUGGAAGAAACAUUCGUGUGCAGUAUGCAAACAAGUAAAUUUGAUGAAUAAAUAAGACUUCGAAGAAACACCCUUCUGUUCAUGGCAAAAUGCGAAUAUUGGGAUCAGUUUUCUCUUGAGAAAUUUAUAGACCUAACACACAAUUCGUAUGUAUUUAUGGAUCCCAAACCCAGACGUUCGUAUUUACAUAUAUAGCAUUUAUGUGCAUGAAAAGAU